UCCAGUAGCACCACAGACAGCCGCUGCACAGGCAGAAGGAAAGAGGGACAGCUAGAUAAAUUUAAAAAAAAAAAAUUAAAGGAGAAAAAUUAUAGAUUAAAAUAUUUACAGUUUAGAUACCUAGUGUGUUUUUUAUAAUUUCUUUUAUAUUUAUAUUCUUAUUGAAAAGGGCCCGUUGAGUGAAAAAAAAAAAAAAAAUGAAAAUGAUGAGUCUGCUUUGCUUCACUCUUAUCACCAUGACCUUGGCUGGCAGUCAGGCAAUGAGCACUAACGCAACACCAGUUAAGAUCUUUGCUGAGCUCGGAGCCAAUGUUACCCUACCUUGCCGCCUCAUAUCUGAUGACACCAUGUUUUUUGGUAACACUGGUAUCCGAGUGAAAUGGACCAAGGUCCAAGACGAUGAGAGUCUGAAUGAAGACGUGCUGGUUUCAAUGGGAUUCCACAGGAGGACAUUCGGAAGCUUUGAGGACCGCACCUUUUUGCAGGAGGCAGACAAGGACGACGCAUCCAUGAUCAUAACAGACGUCUCCAUGGACGACACAGGAAGAUACCGCUGCGAGAUCUUCAGUGGGAUGGAUGACGUUGUACAAGAGAUGAUCUUGGAGGUGGAGGGCGAUUCCACUGAUGGUGUUGUGUUCCCAUACUCUCCAUCUGUGAGUCGCUACACCUUGACUUUUGAGCGCGCCGAGCAGGUCUGUCUGGACCAAGGUGCUACUAUAGCCUCACAUGAUCAGCUCCUGGAGGCUUGGAAGGGAGGUCUGGACUGGUGCAACGCUGGCUGGCUGAGCGACGGUACAGUGCAGUACCCCAUCACCAAACCCAGAGCUCCUUGUGGUGGCAGCAACAAUGGCCCAGGCCUCAGAAAUUAUGGCCGUCGUAAUAAGAAAGUUGACCAGUUUGAUGUGUUCUGCUAUGCUACAGCACUGAAAGGCCGUUUCUACUGGUUGGUCCAGCCCAAAAGGCUGACUUUUGAUGAAGCUGUACAGGCCUGCUUGGAUGAUGGUGCAGAAAUUGCUAAAGUUGGUCACAUUUUUGCUGCCUGGAAGCUCGAGGCCUACGACCGUUGUGAUGCAGGUUGGUUGGCUGACGGCAGUGUCCGUUACCCCAUCUUCAGGCCACGCAAGAAUUGCAGCCCUACAGAGGCCGCAGUGCGCUUUGUUGGAUUCCCAGACAAGACGCAGAAGCUUUACGGUGUCUACUGCUACAAGUCAAACUAGUGAAGGCAAAAAUAUCUAUCUAUAUAUGAAAAGGGAAGACAUAACCACCAAAGAGCAGCAACAACCACAGCCAAUAAAAUCAACAACAAAGCAGAUAAGCUUUGGAUCUUAACUAGUAUGAACUCAGUGCCUUUCUGAAACUGUGAUAACCAUUUUUAAUUCCUACAAAAACAAAUACUGUAACUCUUAUUUCCAUGCAGCCAUUGUCAAAUUAUUUUGUACAAUCAUUCAUGUCACACAGAAGGACAAUAAAAAAUGUUAAAGUGUGAGUGAAGUGACAGAUGAGGACGUGAUGGUUGAGAAACAAGAUCCAAGUUUGAUUCAACCUCCAGGGAAUGACUACGUGCAGCUGACAUUUGUCUCUCAUAACAAAACAAAAUUGCUAUUCUGAUGAAUUCCAUUACCAACAUUAUAGACAGACCUCAGACUGACUGUAAUGUCAUGGAGCCAACGAUGUAGGUUAUGUUACAAUAGGUAUUUGUCUGCAUCACUCUAACCUCAGUGUCAAAAAUCCUUUUUCACUUCCUAAAUUCCAUGGAGGCUUUUCAAACUGGGGAUUUGUUCUCAAACCUUCAAUUAAUACUGUUAAACAAGAAAAUGAAUGUAAAUGUCUAGGACUGUGACCAUUGUGUUUUGAUAGCUCCCAUAGAUGAACUACUACAAUUAUGAAGUCAUUUUUACAAUUGUAACCUUACACAGUAUUUUUUUUUUUAACAAAAUUGUGUUCUAAUUAUGUUUUCACUUUAUUUUUUUUAUUUUAAUUUUUAUUUUUUACAUGUUUAGGUUCUUAAAUAAUAGAAAUACAGUUGCACACAUUGUGUACGUGUAUGUGUAUGUGUAUGUGUAUGUGUAUGUGUGAGUACAUAACAGAUUUUAAUUGUUUUUUGAUGGCAUGAUAUAUCUGACACAUACACACACACAUGAAUCACACCCUGACUAAUGUCUUUUACAAAAUCAUACCACUGACUUUCUAACAGUUGGUCAUUCAUAGCUGAGCUGUAAUGAAUGAAUAUCAAGCAUUUGAAAGAACAGAAAUUGUUUCCUGUGGACCACAGUGAGCAUGUUUCAGACAUGCACAAAUGGGCAAGCCAAAUGUGUGCCACAAAGUUCUGCACACUUUUUUGGUGACAAUUGCCAAAAAUAUUUGGAUAUUUUGUGUUUGCCUUUUGCUACGAUACAGUAUUUCUUUUUUAUUUCCUAACCUUGGGCACUGAAUAAUGGUACAUUACUUCCUGCAGAUUGCAUGUGGUAGUUUUGCAACAUAUCAUUUGAAAAAUCAAAAACUUGUCACUUCUGUGCAUCGGCAUAGAUAAGUGCAUGGGAAGUGACAGUAUGUUUGUAUUACAUCACCAUGUACCGUUUUCAACAAGACAGCUUGAAAUAAAGAAUACAAUUUAAAUACAA